AUGAGCGCUCGUGGAACUCGCGGUCGUGGUAUUCGUGGGUGCAGUAGAGGCUGCAGGGAGCUCGAGCUGAGUUUUCCUGUCUGGGGGAAAUAUGUGAGCACGAGCUAUGUUGGUGUUCGUAGGCAUGAGUUCAUGAAUCUCACGCAAUGUGAUAAAUCUGUUACCGAGUAUGAUGCUGAGUUUCUGAAGUUGAGCUGGUGGCAUCUGAAAGGGGUAAGAGUUCGUGGUUCUAUAGAUAUGGCGAAGAUCGCCGAUGAGGUUAAACGCGUGGAGCACCAAAAUAGGGAUCUUGAGAGAGAACUACAAAGAGACUGUGUUUCUGGCAAAUCUGAUGGAACUACUGUUUGGAGAGUUCGACUUAAUUCUGGGUAUAGACUAUGUGAGGCAUUUAUGUCUUUCGUCAGUGUUUCAGUUUCUUGGGACUCUUUUGUUGGGGAUAUUAGAAUAGUGAGGGAAUUUCUGGAUGUCUUUUCUGAGGAGUUAUCAGGUUUACCUUCGAAUCGGGAAGUUGAGUUUGGCAACGAGCGUCUAUCGAGUACAGCUCCGCCGUAUCUGGAUCAAUUCAUCGUGGUUUUCAUCGACGAUAUUCUGGUGUACUUUAAUACCGAGGACGAGCAUGAUGAGCAUCUUAGAGUAGUUCUUCAAGUACUCCGAGAGAAACAGCUCUACGCUAAGUUGAGUAAGUGUAAGUUCUGGUUGCAAGAGGUAACCAUUCUGAGGCACAUAGUUUCUGCUAAGAGGAUUCGAAUUGAUCCUAGAAAGAUUGAGGUUGUGCCUGAUUGGAAAUAG